AUGGACAAAAAUACUAGAAACUUUUUGACCGUAGACGAGAAAUAUAAAUACACUUCUGUUGGAUGUUUAGUGGACUACCUUAAAGCUCAUGGGCAUACCCCUAUAGAAGCGCUAAUUGACCACGUUAACUCAGUUAGGCAUUUGAUGACCACAUCUAAAGGAAAAGCCUUCACCAAAAGCGCAUUUGAAAUUGUUGACCAUGCGCUGAGUUGGAACCCAACAAUAUUUAAGCUAGACGAUCAAUUUCGCUACUUCUUAAAUGUAACAGCAACUUAGGAUCAAGAAGCCUCAAAACACGAGCAUCAUUUCAAAGUUGAAAAGCAGCUAGUUAGUAAGAUAACUCUUAAAUAGCUUGAAAUUCUGCUUUCUGAAGCCUUUUAUGUGAGAUAAGAGCUCUGUUCUGAGCAAUAGAUCGGUAAUUACGCAACCGUUACAAUUUCAUUCAUCCCGGAUUCAAAGAACGCUCUUGUUCGGCUACCCAGUUCCAGUUGAUAGCGUCUAUAUAAGCCCUUUAUUGAGCUCAAAAUAAGAUAAUUGCCCUUACUAAAAUACCUCUAUUUUAAUUAUGAAAAGUAGCAAAACACCAACUACUUAAGGAAGCGGGCAGAAAUUAUUAAAGAGAGGUUGGACAAAAGAAACGAAAAUAAAAAGAGAAUGGAACGCAUUAAAAAUCAAAUAGUAAAUGAUUUAAAAGGACCAGCAGAAAACUACUCUGUCAUGACCAAAGCUUAUUUGAUUCUGAUUUCUAAUGACAAAGAUAGAGCAGAGAGCUUAAAGAGAACUAUUAGAGAAACGUAUAUUGCUUUAAUAAAACCAUAA